AUGUUGGUUUUGCCAAUCUUGGGCAAGCAAGCCUGCCGAUGGAGCACGCGCGCACUUGGUCAGAUGCUCAGUCACAUCUUGGAUCAGAAACUUGCAGGUGCACGUGCUGCCUCCAGCAGCCCCUUGGGCUUCGUGGGGCUGGGGAAGAUUGGCAGCGGAAUGGUCACCAACCUCACCAAGGCCGGUGAGUCCUUGCUGGUCUUUGACCGCGACCAGGCUGCAGUGAAAGGCGCUGAAGCCUUGGGGGCCAAAGGUGGCAAGAGCACUGCUGAGGUUGGUCAGAGCUGCUCUGUGGUCUUCUCGGCUCUACCUGAUGACAGCAUCUUGCGUGCAGUGACGAAUGAGUUGCUACCAGCACUCCAAAGCCAAGGAGGAGGUGCCAUCCAUGUGUCCUGCUCCACGGUCUCUCCCAACAUCUCCCGAGAACUGGCUGAGGAGCACUCCAAACGACAAGUCGGCUUCGUGUCUGCUCCUGUCUUUGCCCGACCUGAUGGGAUGAGACGAGGAGAAGCCACAUUCCCUGUUUCAGGACCUGAAUGGGCUAAGGAGCGGGUGGUGCCGUUGCUGGAGAAGACUGCGUUGGGAGUGCACGAUUUCGGCGAAGAUGCCGGUGCUGCCAACGUGGUGAAACUUGGAGGAAAUUUCCUGAUUGCUGCAGCAAUCCAGUCGCUUUCAGAGGCGUCUGCUUUGGCGGAAAGCUACGACGUCGAUCGCGAAAAGUUCGUGAGUUUGAUGUCCUCCACGAUCUUUGAUUGUUUGAUCUACCGUGGCUAUGGGCAGCGCGUGGCUGCCAGGGAUCAUCAUCCUUACCCCGAUGCACACUUUGCUCUUGACCUUGGCAGCAAGGACGUUGCCCUGGUGCACAGCGCGGCUGCACAGGCUCGAUGUCCCAUGCCCCUGGCCUCCCUGUUGCGUGACCGAUUCGUUGCCUCCCAGAACGCUGGCAGAGGCAAGUUAGACUGGUCUGCCGUGUCGCUGAAGACUUCAGAAGAUGCUGGCAGCAAGCAGGCACUGGAGCGACUUCAACGGGACGAUCCAGGCACCUUUGAGAGCGGCCUGGCUCUGGCCUUGGCCUUACGGAUCACCGGAGACGAGAGAGAAAUGGAGGUCUUCCGAAAGAGCUCCAAGCUGGUUCCACCACCAGGAGCUCAGUGGCUCCGGGAAGAGAUCGGGCCCGCCUUAUUGGAGGUGCGCCGAUCUACGGCAGAUGCUGUCGCCACUGCAGCCUUGAGCCAGUUCCAAAGUGGCCGUGCCUGGCCCGAGCUCACGAGCCAAUUGGCUCGGAUGUGCACUGGAGCUCGAAGCGAGAUGCUGACUGCUUUAGAAUUUCUUGAAGUGCUUCGAGACGAAGCAGAAAGCAGAGAUGAGCGAGCAACUGCCAUGAUGUGGGUCUAUGCUCAACUUGCCGCCUUGCAGGAAGACACAGGCGCCUUGCACAAGCUGUUGGCCUGUGGACUGAUGGACACCGACGUGCAGGAGUCCAUGGUGGAUGCUGCUGCGCGGGUCUAUUGUUUUUGUGCAGCUGGAUCUGAGGUGCCGGAGGAGCUCCAACUUUCAGUUCGCGCCUUGGCGCCCUACUUGGCGCAGGCAGUGGUGAGACAGCCUCGGGAGGCGUGCUUGCAAGCCAUCGCCUUGUCAGCCAGCGGCGACCCCACAGCUUGGUUGCAGCCGAAGGAUGGCAAUCUGCCGGCAAUCCUGGCCAAAGCAGCCAUGGAGAGCACGGCGGAAGUGGCUGUGCGGCAAGCUGCAUUGAAAGCCAUGCUGCAGCUGUUAUUGGCGCUUGACUCGUCAGCAGCGGUGGAUCAUCUCUGUGAUGAAGAGGUCGUCGAGCUUCAGACCCACCUGGUGGCUUCCAUUGGAUCCAUUUUGGCCGAAAUGCCCAAAGACGAGGCCACAGAUCGCUGGGCUGAAGUGGUUGAUGGGGAGGAGCAGGCUCCACUGGAGGAGGAUUCAGAAGUUCUGCUGGAGGAUUGCCUGGACCAGGCGAGCUACCUCAUUGCCAGAGGCGAUGAGGGCCGGUGUGCUCUGCGCGUGGCGGCUGAGCAGCUGCUGCAAACAGAGGCUUGGCAGGCGAAGCAUGGAGGACUUCUGCUGUUGUUACGUGUCGGCCUGGAGGGCGAGGCAAUCGAUGAAGACGCAGUUCAUGCAGUGUCAGGGGUUGCUUUGUCCUGCUUUGCGCAUCCACAUCCCAGAGUGCGUUGGGCAGCUUUGGAGGUCUGGGCACGCUUGCUGCAGCAGAUGGCUGCUCCCUUGGAUAUUUUUGAUCAGGGGAUAGAUGCUUUGCUCCAUACUGCAGUGGAUGCCUACACCCGAGUGCGCCAGCGAGGUCUCUUAGUACUCCUGCAGCUCUCACGGGCCAAUGCUCCGAUGGUGCGAAAAUACCCCGAUGCAAUCACAAGGCUUUUGCUUCAUUUGGCGCAGUCCAAUGACCCCGAUGCGCAGCAGGCAGGUGCUGAGAUUGCCGAACUCCUGAAGCUGAGUUCAGGACCUUUGCAAGGUACGUUCUCAUCUCAGACUGUGAACCAGGUCUCCCAACACGGCGAGGCUAUUGAAUGGCCUUUAGAUUGGAAACAAAAUUAG